GAGGCGAGGUUACAGACUUGCAAUUUCAAUGAAAGGCUGAUACAGGCAGGAUAAAACACAGGCUGAGAGCUAAGCCAGUUGCAAGUUGUCAGAACGUCAAGGACAGAGAACAGCCAGAGGGAGUGACAGCAGCCGGGCAGAGGGCUAUGUGUUAGUGAGUGAGAGGGCUCAGGCAGAGUGGGACAAGCUGUAGACACGCAGUAUGUUUGCCAGCAGCCUGCAAUUGGUGUUGCUGCUCUGGUGCCUGGGUUUGAAUCGUUCAGAGACAGAGAGUGGAGAGAGUCAUGGGGCUGAGGAGCCAGCACUCAGGAAUGGGAUGUUGCUGGCUGCCCCCGGUAACACCACUGACAGCCGUUCGCCAGCAGCAGUCUCGGAGAUCAGGACGAAAGGAGCAACUGUCAAGGGAACUUCAUCAGCGGCAGAUCAAUUACAUGUGCAGCGGCUUUUCGAGGAGCUCACGGAUUACAGAUUCGUAUUCCCGUAUGUUUUGUCUGGGAAGAGGAAGCGGAGUUUGGCCACCUCAGUACAGGGCAGCUAUCCACACCACGUCAGCAUUUUGGUGGAGUUCGCAGGAGAGCAACUAACGCUGGAUCUCAGCAGGAACACUGUCCUCUUGCCGAGAGGGUUCCAGGUCUCACACUACGAUUCGAAUGGAACUCUGGUGACAGAACAGGACCAGGAAAUGACUCAGUGUUACUACGAGGGCUCCGUCCGAGGCUUCUCAGGAUCUGCGGUCUCAGCCAGCACCUGCUCGGGACUCAGCGCUCUGAUUGUUCUUGGUAACCGGACCUACGUCAUUGAGCACCUGGGGGAGCCCGAGCACGAGCGGCAUUUGCUAUACAGACCUGAAGAUCUCAAGUCAGUGCCUGGACGGUGUGGAGUGACAAACACGUCUCCUGUGUCAGCCCUGGCCCAGGACCUUCAGCACAUACACCGGAUGAAGAGGAAUAUUCUGCAAGAGAUGAAGUACGUGGAGAUGGUUCUGGUGGCAGACAAUGCAGAGUACCAGGUCUAUGGGAAGAGUACGAAAGCUGUGGUGAAGAGGAUGCUCGACAUUGCAAACACGAUCGACAUGUAUUACAGACCAUUUAACAUCCGGAUCGCUCUGAUUGGAGUUGAGGUGUGGACCCAGGACCAAGUCACAGUGGACAAGAAAGCUGGGAAAAUGCUGACCCAAUUCCUUCAGUGGAGAAAGAAUAGCCUGCUCCCACGGCUGUACAACGACAAUGCACAGCUUGUUCUAGGUGGAAUUUUCGAGGGGGGCACGGCUGGACUGGCGUCUUUUGGCUCCAUUUGUUCAGCAAGUCAUUCUGGAGGAGUAAACCUGGACAUUCACCCAAGCAUCCUGGCAGUUUCAGCUACCAUUUCUCAUGAGCUUGGACACAAUUUGGGAAUCUCUCAUGACUCAAAGGAACUGAAUUGCCAGUGUCCAGAUGAGAAUGAUGGCUGCAUCAUGGAAGACGCUGUGGGCUUUGACACCCCCUCACAGUUCAGCAGCUGCAGCCACGAUGCCCUGAACAGAAUCCUGCUCCACGGCGGAGGUAUUUGUCUCUAUAACCUGCCCAAACUGGAGCUGCUGGUUGGCGGCCCUGUGUGUGGAAACAUGUACGUAGAGGAAGGUGAGGAGUGCGACUGUGGCAAGCCCGAGGAUUGUAAUGAUGUCUGCUGUCAGCCAUCGACUUGCACAUUCACAGCCGGUGCUGAGUGCUCGUCCACUGGACCCUGUUGUAAGGAGUGCAAGUUCCUGCCAGCAGGCACGGUCUGUAGACCAAAGCAAGGAGAAUGUGACUUGCCAGAGUUCUGCACAGGCCAAUCCCAGGACUGCCCUAACAAUCAGUACGUGAAAGAUGGUCACACGUGCAGCGAAGGAAAUCUCUACUGCAGCCAAGGGACCUGCCAGUCUGUGGAUCAGCAAUGCCAGGACAUCUGGGGUCCAGGUGCGAAAUCCGCUGAAAAGCUUUGCUAUGAAGUUACCAAUGAACAAGGGAACAAGUACGGGAACUGUGGUCAAGAUGAGAACAAUAACUAUAUUGCAUGCCAGUCCAAGGAUGUCCAGUGUGGGAAAAUCCAGUGCAAUGGUGGAAACGCAACUCCGCUACGAGGAGGAAGCAUCACCACGGUAACCAGCUCACUGGUUUACAAAGGUGUGAAGUAUUCCUGUCGGGCAAUCUUCGCAACAUUAGGUGAUGCCAAUAGUGACGACCUUGUCCACCAGGGAACCAGGUGUGGGACCAGCAAGGCUUGUUUGGAUGGCAAGUGCCAGAAUGUGGCAAUGUUUGACGUGGAAGGCUGUGACAGGACCUGUAACAACAGGGGGAUUUGUAACAAUAACAACAACUGUUUCUGUAACGAUGGCUGGGCUCCGCCUUAUUGCAACUCCAGUGGGAUAGGAGGUAGCGUUGACAGUGGACCUGUGAAAGAUGUACAGAAAGUUUUCACAGCUGAACCCGAGACCACCACCACCACUACAAGGACCACCACCACCACUACAAGGACCACCACUGAGAUUCACCAAAAGUACAAAGAGUCUCCAGCUAAGCACAGCUUGACCACGGUGCUUCUUGCUGUGUUGGUGCCGCUCGCGGUCCUAAUCCCCAUCGUUUUCACCAUCGUGUGGGUUCUGAAGAAGAAGAGGAUGAUAUUCAAACGCACAAGUGCGACGGCUCCCUGUGCUCCAGCGGGUGCAGCGAGGUCUUCGGAGAGCACAUUUGUAUUUGUGCCUGACACCCAGUCCAUUCAAAACCAGAGACCUCACCUUGCUGGCCAUGCAGGGAUACAGAUUUCACCACCCAGUGCCAACUUGUGACAGAAAGAGACGAUUCAGACAUCGACUGGAUAACUACAGCAGCCUAUUGAUUGUACGACAUCUGUGAUCAUAGCUUUUCAGCAUGUUUACGUCCUGGAACAUGUGGGGAGCAGUUGCUGAUCAGAGCCCUGUUUAACUGAUCACUUCCCCAGUGGGGCUGGAAAGGAUGAGGGGGAGCGUACUGAGCAGCUGAAACUUUUCAUGAAGUAUCGAUAUAUACUUAGCAAUAAUUGCUCUGCACAUUGUAAAGAAUAACACACCAAAUGAAUUUUGUGAUUUUCUGUGGGAUUAUGAACAGCUAAACUAUGGCCAACAGACUCACCAAACCAUAAAUAUGUAAUGUUAGCCAGAGCAGGUGUGAACGGCGUCACUGGUUGAUGCUGAACUAAUUAAACUAUUAAUUAAAUA